CAAAUCCACCACCCACUCUCCCUGUGCGUAUAUGUAUAUAUUAUACGGAAUUGCUUUCGUUCAUCGCAUAGUUGAGUAGCAAUGCGGAUGAGUUGCAAUGGAUGCCGAGUCCUUCGUAAGGGCUGCAGCGAUAACUGCUCCAUCAGGCCCUGCCUUCAGUGGAUCCGGAGCCCCGAAUCUCAGGCCAACGCCACCGUCUUCCUCGCCAAGUUCUACGGCCGCGCCGGCCUGCUCAACCUCAUAAACGCCGGCCCCGACCACCUCCGACCUGCGAUCUUCCGAUCACUUCUUUACGAGGCGUGUGGCCGGAUUGUCAACCCGAUUUAUGGAUCCGUCGGGUUGCUAUGGUCCGGGAGUUGGUCGCUUUGUCAGACCGCCGUGGAAGCGGUUCUGAGGGGGGAUCCGAUAACCCAGAUUAGUGGGAGCGAAGCGGAAGAGUGUAAUCGUGGACCGCCGAUGAAAUCCUGCGACAUCCGCCACCUUCACAAGGAGGAGAAGUCGGGCGCGUUGAAUGAUCUUCACCGGGUCAGGACCAGGUGCCGGUUCAAGAAGUCGGGAGGGAAGGCGAAGGCGAAGGCGGCGGCACCCCCCCGGGUUUGUGCAGACGACGAGAAGAACGGGUCGACGAGUCACGAGUCGACGCUGAGUCAACAGUCGGAGGUGGCUGCGGCAGCCGGCGAUAUCCGGGAGGCGGAGAGCUUGGGGUCAGCAGAGACAGCGGAGGCUUCGUUCCUCAUAGGAACCCGGCCAGCGGCAACCCCGGAACCCGACGGCGACGCUGAGGGCAGCCAGAUUGAGCUGGAGCUCACUCUGGGCUUUGAACCGAGGCCACGUCCUCGCCACGUGGCCUAGGAGCUACGUAGGCGUGCCCUGGUUCACAUUUGAUUAGGGGUUCUGAGUUUUUUUUUUUUUCCUUUUAUUAUUACAAAAUUAGGAGCUUUUGAGUUUGUUUUUUGCUAGAUAAAAUGUACAAAUUGAGAUUACAUUACAUAAUAUAUAUGUGAUAUAUGGAGAAGUUACGUUUAUUCUCA